UAACAGUUGCACACUUGCACAGUCCUGCUAAAACCCCACGCAGAAGAAGAAAGAAAAAUGGGGAAGAAGAAGAGCAGCCAAAACCCUAAACCCCAACAACAACAACAAGACGACCUACUUUCAACCUUAGGAGACUUCACCAAGAAAGAGAAUUGGGACAAAUUCUUCACUCUUCGAGGCGCAGAUGAUUCAUUCGAAUGGUAUGCUGAUUGGCCUCAGCUCAAACCUCCUCUUUUCUCUCUCCUCUCUCCAUCAUCAUCUUCAUCGUCUUCGUCGGAGAAGUUGCAGAUUUUGGUUCCUGGUUGUGGCAACUCUAAACUCUCAGAGCAUCUCUACGAUGCCGGAUUUCACGACAUUACCAACCUCGAUUUCUCUAAGGUUGUCAUCUCCGAAAUGCUUCGCAGAAAUGUCAGAGACCGGCCUCGGAUGCGGUGGCGUGUCAUGGACAUCACUUCUAUGCAGUUAGCUGAUGGGACUUUUGAUGUCGUUCUGGAUAAAGGGGGAUUAGAUGCAUUGAUGGAGCCAGAGUUUGGUUCGAAGCUGGGUGACCAAUAUCUAUCAGAGGUGAAGAGGGUUUUAAAACCAGGAGGGAAGUUUAUCUGUCUCACAUUAGCGGAAUCUCACGUCUUAGGAUUACUUUUCCCCAAAUUUAGGAUUGGGUGGAAAAUAACUCUUCAUUGCAUACCUCAGAAACCGUCUAGUAAGCCUAGCCUUAAUACAUUCAUGGUGGUGGCUGUAAAAGGCGACUCUUCGGUUGUGGAUGAGAUAGUGUCAUCUUUUGACCAAUCCUCAAUUGACUGCAACAAAGAACAGGUUCGAGGACUCAAUGCUGCACUAGAAGCUGAAAAUGAAGUUCGCAAAGCACAUUUGGAUGGUUCUGAUUUAUUGUACUCUCUUGAAGAUCUGAAACUAGUGGCUAAGGGUGAUCUGAUGGAGCUUACUCCUGGUCGACGUGUUCAAUUGAUUUUGGGUGGAGUAGGCUCCCUUUUUCGUUACAGAGCUGUGGUUCUAGAUGCUCAACCACAGUCUCUCCCCUACUCAUACCAUUGUGGAGUUCUACUUGUGCCCAAGGAUAGGGUUCGUGAAUGGCUAUUUUCCUCGGAAGAAGGGCAAUGGAUGGUGGUUGAGAGUGCAAAGGCUGCUCGACUGAUAAUUAUUUUUUUGAACUCCAGUCAUGCUAACCUCAGGAUGGAAGAAAUUCAGAAAGAUCUCUCUCCUCUCGUGAAGCUGUUGGAACCUGAGAACCAUGACAGUGGGGCACAAAUUCCGUUUAUGACUGCUGGUGAUGGGAUCAAGCACCGAGAAAUUGUUCAUGAGGUCACUUCUAAAUUAACUGGCCCAGUAGUCGUCGAGGAUGUUAUAUAUGAAAAUGUCGACGAUCAUCUUGCUUCCGUCUGCCCAUCAAAGGAACCUGUAUUCCGUCGACUUAUUUUCCAAAGGACUGAGAGUCUAGUUCAAUCAGAAGCAUUGCUUAUUAAUAAAAGAUCUGAGGUAUGUAACGGUGAAACUGGAAGGAAGAAAUCCACCACAACUACGAAAUCUAAGUUUAAAGAAAAGGAGAAGCCAAAGCAAUCUGAACAGUCUAAGAUAGGCGAGCUGAACAACAAUGUGGAAGUUGAUCACACCUUUGUGGCUAGCUCAUACCAUACAGGAAUUGUUGCUGGAUUCACGCUGAUCUUACCUUACUUAGAAAGUAUGGUAUCUAGUGAGGAAAAAGUUCAAACUGUUGUAAUUGGUCUUGGAGCUGGUCUGCUUCCAAUGCUUCUCCACAAGUGUAUGGACUUCCUGCAAGUUGAGGCAGUUGAAUUGGAUCCGGUGAUGUUAAGUCUUGCAAAAGAUUACUUCGGUUUUUGUGAAGAUGAGCGUUUAAAGGUUCACCUUGCUGAUGGGGUUCAGUUUCUCAAAAAUCUUACCAUUUCCAGUCUCCAAGAAGGGGUUAAUAUCACUGGAUCCAAGGAGAGUAUUAGUGGUAGUAGUCUUGGUGCAUCUAAUGUGAGACACCAGCCUGUCCAGAAAUUUGACAUAAUUGUAGUUGAUGUAGAUUCAUCAGAUUCAAGCUCUGGAUUAUCUUGCCCUGCUGCUGAUUUCGUAGAAGAUUCUUUUUUUGCUACUGUAAAGGAUGUCCUUUCUGAGCAGGGGCUUUUCGUCAUUAAUUUGGUCUCAAGAUCUCCUUCCAUAAAGGAAGUGAUUGUAUCAAGGAUGAGAACGGUUUUUAGUCACCUUUACUGCCUUCAACUUGAGGGUGAUGUGAAUGAAGUUGUUUUUGCUGCAAACUCAAAUACGCGUGUUAUGGAUGAAAACAUUUCUGAAGCAGCAAUCCAGUUUCAGAAGUUGUUGAAAUUUGACAAUCCACAGCGAAGCCAAGGCAUUGUGGAUAUGGCUAAGCAAAUCAAGCGCCUAAAGUGAUACUUUGCUCAACGAAUGGAAUUUUGCUGAUUCAAGCACGUUCCCAUCAACCAAUGCAUAUACUGAGACUGGAGUCGGCUUGGUAGCUGAAUUCGUUCAACUCAUAUGGUUCCGAACUUCCAAGCUCGCAAAUUCAAGAGGUGAAAUUUUGAACAAUUUAUCAGAAAAAAAAGAAGCGACAGAGAUACUGUAUCGGGCCUUGAUGAAAAUUGCUUUGCUUGUAAUCCGUACUACAUGUUUGCUAGUUUCGUGUAAUGACCCUCAGAGAGUCAGAGGUAGCCACAUAGCUUCCUAGUUUGUUGCUUCUCUUUUCUUCCAUCAACUUAAUUCAUUCUCUUUUUGCCACCAGUUUUCCGGCUUGGUAAAUAGUGAACAUGAACAGAGGUAACCCGAUUUCGGUCAUGAUAGAUACUCUGUACUUCUAAGAUACUAUCACAUUCAAAUAUCCCAAGUACGUAGUAAUACAAUUAUGAUAUUUGUAUAAA